AUGGGAGAAUACUUUAAAGCACUUUCAUUUUACGAAAAAACACUUGAAAUUCAGCAAAAAACUCUUCCUACGAAUCAUCCUGAUUUCGCUGCUUCAUACAACAACAUCGGUGGUGUGUAUAGGAGCAUGCGAGAAUACUCGAAAGCACUUUCAUUUUUCGAAAAAGCACUUGAAAUUAAGCAAAAAACUCUUCCUUCAAAUCAUCCUUCAUUGGCCGCUUCAUACGGCAACAUCGGUUUGGUGUAUAACAAUAUGGGAGAGUACUCUAAAGCACUUUCAUUUUAUAAAAAAGCACUUGAAAUUCAGCAAAAAACUCUUCCUUCAAAUCAUCCUGAUUUGGCUACUUCAUACAACAACAUCGGCUUGGUGUAUGACCACAUGGGAGAGUACUCAAAAGCACUUUCAUAUUACGAAAAAGACCUUGAAAUUUGCCAAAAAACUCUUCCUUCGAAUCAUCCUCAUUUGGCCACCUCAUACAACAACAUCGGUAAUGUGUAUAACAACAUGGGGGAGUACUCGAAAGCACUUUCAUCUCACGAAAAAGCGCUUGAAAUUCGAGAAAAAACUCUUCCUUCAAAUCAUCCUGAUUUGGCUACUUCAUACAACAACAUCGGUUUGGUGUAUAGGAGCAUGGAAGAGUACUCGAAAGCACUUUCAUUUCACGAAAAAGCACUUGAAAUUAAACAAAAAAUUCUUCAUUCAAAUCAUCCUUCGUUGGCUACUUCAUACAACAAUAUCGGUAAUGUGUAUAGCAAGAUGGAAGAAUACUCUAAAGCACUUUCAUUUUACGAACAAGCACUUGAAAUUCAGCAAAAUACUCUUCCUUCAAAUCAUCCUUCAUUGGUCGCUUCAUACGGCAACAUCGGUUUGGUGUAUAACAACAUGGGAGAGUACUCUAAAGCACUUUCAUCUCACGAAAAAGCACUUGAAAUUGAGCAAAAAACUCUUCCUUCGAAUCAUCCUAAUUUCGCUGCUUUGUACAUUAAUAUCGGUGAUGUAUAUUACAAUAUGAAAGACUAUCCGAAAACACUUUUAUAUUCUGAACGUGCUCUGGACAUAUGGCAGCGUGCAUUACCUCCUACUCAUCCUCAUAUAAUAAAUGUGAAAAAGAACAUUAAAGCUGUAAAAAAGAACUUAUAA